AGUACUAGUGGAUAUUGCCUCUUGCCCAAAUCCAUCCAAAGUCCAAACACGUACCUCAGCGUCCAACAGCGGCUGAGUGACGGUUUGGGUGUGCUUGCGGCGUGUCACCAAAAGCAGCCGUAGAAAACAGAAAGACUAACCCCCAUUUCUGCUUAACUAACCACUUUGUUCAAUGUUCAAUGGCGUUCGUUGCUUCAGCUUCACUCCUGCCUUUCAACAGAAUUUUUGGCGGGGGAAAGAAAUGGAAUCAACUAUUUCCUGGUUAUUCGACGAGAUUGAGGGUUGGACCCUCCGGUCUAUCGAAGUUCAGGACUUGCAGUUUUGCUUCAGCCGCUACGGGGGGCAAGGCCGGAGGAGCUUUAACAGAAAUAUCCCAAGCUGAUGAAACGCCUCGUAUUUUCUCAUGGCCUCAUAACAAGAGGCCCAGGGUGUGCAUAUUGGGUGGCGGAUUUGGUGGUUUAUACACUGCUUUAAGGCUAGAAUCACUUGUAUGGCCAGACGACAAGAAACCUCAGGUGCUACUAGUUGAUCAGUCUGAACGAUUUGUUUUUAAGCCAAUGUUGUAUGAGCUUCUAUCUGGAGAAGUAGAUGCAUGGGAAAUUGCACCUCUCUUUUCCGAGUUACUUGCAAACACUGGUGUUGAGUUUUUCCAAGACAGGGUAAAACUAUUACAUCCCUCUGACCACUGGGGAACUAAUGGUCCUAAACAAUCAAGUUGUGGGGGUACUGUGCUGCUUGAAAGUGGCCUUCUCAUUGAGUAUGACUGGUUGGUUCUUGCUUUGGGAGCUGAAGCUAAACUUGAUAUUGUACCGGGUGCAUUAGAGUUUGCAUUGCCAUUCUCCACCCUAGAGGAUGCAUGUAAGGUUGACAAGAAGUUAAGAGCAUUGGAGCGGAAGAAUUUUGGAAAAGGUUCUCUUAUUCGUGUGGCUGUAGUUGGUUGUGGUUAUUCUGGAGUGGAGUUAGCUGCCACAGUGUCAGAGAGACUACAAGAUAGAGGAAUAGUACAGGCUAUUAAUGUUGAAACCACAAUCUGUCCAACUGCCCCAACUGGAAAUAGGGAAGCUGCCUUAAAAGUUCUUUCAUCUAGGAAAGUUCAACUUCUCCUGGGUUAUUUUGUUCGCUGCAUACAGAGAGUAAGUGAUGUAGAAGCUUCAGCAGAUGCCACUGGGAUAAGAGAAGGAAAGGAUAUUGCAGAAUGCAACUCUGAGAAAUAUGUUUUGGAGCUGCAACCUGCUGAAAGGGGAUUAGAAAGUCAAAUUCUGGAAGCAGAUUUGGUGUUAUGGACAGUUGGGUCCAAAGCUCUUCUUCCUGAACUGGAACCCUGUGACAAACCCCAUGAACUUCCCUUGAAUGCCAGGGGACAAGCAGAAACAGAUGAAACUCUCCAAGUUAAGGGCCACCCACGCAUAUUUGCACUUGGUGACUCUUCUGCUCUAAGGGACCCAACUGGAAGGCUUCUGCCGGCCACAGCGCAGGUUGCUUUUCAGCAAGCAGAUUUUGCUGGUUGGAAUCUAUGGGCAGCAAUUAAUCAACGUCCUUUGUUGCCAUUUAGAUUCCAGAAUCUGGGAGAGAUGAUGACCCUGGGGAGAAAUGAUGCUGCCAUUUCACCAAGUUUCAUUGAGGGGUUAACCUUAGAAGGUGCUAUUGGUCAUGCUGCAAGGAAAAUAGCGUACUUGAUCAGAUUACCGACCGAUGAGCACAGAUUUAAGGUGGGACUCAGCUGGUUCGCCAAGUCCGCCAUAGAUUCAGUUGCAUCAGUACAGAGCACUAUAACAAAGGUUCUUUCGGGCUCAUAGAUCACUGUUACUCUGUUAGGAAGCAAGGCUGAUUACAUCAUUUGAAUCAUGUAUUGAAUGUCACCUUCUACGUCAUGGAUUAAUUAAGAGCAUGUUGGACUUAUUUUUUUU